AUGGCCCGGGUCCAGGAUGGGCACACAGAGGAAUAUGACAGCUCUGUGAUGUUAGAGGACAGUCAGGAUGGCAUGGACAGUGGUAGCCUGACUCCUGGCUCAGCUCGACAGGUCUGCAUCCAGCGCCAUCCAAGCCACGGCUUCGGUUUCAUUGCCGGCAGCGAACGGCCUGUCGUUGUUCGCUCUGUCUCAGCGGACGGACCAUCAAGUGGCAAGCUUUACCCCGGAGAUCAGAUCCUAGCCAUCAACCAGGAACUUGUGAGCGACGCGCACCGGGAGAAAGUCAUAGACCUUUCACCUAAGUCUGCCUUCAUAAGUGCAGCCAAGAAAGCUCGUCUGCGAACCAAUCCCCCCAAAGUGCGCUUUUCUGAGCAAGUGUCCAUCAGCGACCCAGACUCAACCAUGCUUAAAGACGAGUCUUUGCUUCUGAUACCAAAUGUGUUGAAGGUGUUUCUGGAAAAUGGACAGAUCAAAUCCUUUACAUUUGACAACCGCACCACUGUUAGGGAUGUGAUAUCAUCGCUGCAGGAUCGCCUUUCUCUACGCUACAUUGAGCACUUUGCUUUGGUGCUGGAGUCCGGUGGACUGGCCCAGAAUCAGAGGCUGCAUCUGCUCCAGGAAAACCAGCCACUGUCUCAUGUAGUUCACAGGACCUAUUUCCAAGGAAUGAAGUGUCUUUUCCGUAUUUGCUUCUUCCCAAAGGACCCUGCUGACUUACUGAGGAGAGACCCCGCAGCAUUUGAGUACCUCUACAUACAGAGCCGCAAUGACGUCAUUAAAGAGCGAUAUGGAAUGGAUUGGAAGUCCGACGUUACACUUAGGUUGGCAGCCCUUCACAUCUACAUCACUGUGUCCAUUGCGAGACCCAAUCAGAAGAUUUCUCUAAAGCACGUUGAGAAAGAAUGGGGUUUGGAACCUUUCCUUCCUUUGACUCUGUUGCCAACCGUCAAAGAGAAAAACGUCUGCAAGACUCUCUCACAGCUGUUGAAGACAUAUCAGCAUCCUCCACCAGCUGGUAACAAGGAUGAGAAGCAGUCAGCCACUACAUUGUUGGUUGGGCCGAGACACGGUAUCAGUCAUGUAAUUGACCUGAAGAACAACCUAACAACUGUCUUAGCAGAGUUCAGCCGAGUGGCCAAAGUCCAGCUCUUUAGAGAGCAUCAUGGGGUAGCCCGUGUUGAAGUUGUUAUUCUGGAAGCAAAGCCCUUGGUCUUGUUAAUGGAGUGGCCAGAUGCAUCAAACUUUGCCUGUUUGAUAUCUGGCUAUUACAAGCUAUUUGUGGACCCUAAAAGGACAAUCUACUGCAGGAUACCUGGUCAGCCUUAUAUGAUCAAGGCAGAUUCCAGAAGCUCCCAUGCCCAAUUACGCUCCGGAGCCACUGUGUUAAGUGGGAGUCGUCGCGAAGAGAGAGAGGGGGCGUCGAGAGAGGCAACACAGAAGACAUCAGCGUCACCCAUAUCUCAGCACCUUGGCCUGUGUCACAUCCAUUUAAAAGAGCAACAACAGAUGCAAGAGCUUCAGAUACAGGCAGAGCAGGAGCUUGACAUUAAUGAGAACCUUAUCUCACAGGUACAGAGUCGCUUGCGCACAAAGUCUGACCCCACUCUAAAGAGCACUGAAUCCGUGCCGGGAGAAGAGGGUCCGACUGAUGACAGUUCAAGCUUCAGGAACAGAGCGAAAACAAUGGAGCCUAAACAGAGGUUUUUCUGUGACUCCUGCAAGGCAAAACUCCAAGCUGAAGGUUUGAUUUCGGACACUGGGGAGGCUGGAAGACUCAUUUUGCAGCAGUGCAAAAAUGCAUGUGCUACUCGCGAAGGAGGUGCUGUUGAUCUCAUUGCCUUACCACUACCUGGGAAUGAGGAAGAUGAAGAGCUAGAUGAUGGAGCAGGAAAGCUGCAGCCUCCCCCUCCUGGCAUAGCAGCUCCACCCCCAGGGUUUCGUGAUAACAGCUCUGACGAAGAUGACCCGAAAAAGGGUCGGAAAGGAAUCAAAGCCUCUGCUGCUGUGGCGAAGGGUCAAGAGGAAGUUCCUGUAACACUGAUUGAUAAUGUGACCACUAGGACAGUUCAAGACCAUGCUCAGGAGUUAGAUGAUGCAUUAGUAUCCACCCUCCAGGCACUGGAAGCACUAGCUGCAUCGGAGGAUUACCCACACCAUCACCAGCAGACACCACAGACAGCAGGGUUGAUUGUGCUUGCUGCCAUAACCCCUGAAUCAUCCCUAGACUCUGGACAUGAGACAAAUUCAUCAGAGCUAACUGAUGUGUCUGAGAUGGUGUCUGCCAUGAAGCAGCAUCAGAACCAGGCUUAUCUAUUUGCCCACCACAUCAACAAAGAGCGACUUUUCAGUCGACGAGACUUCCCCUUGUCAAUCCCUGGCUGUACAACACAAGCAAUUGGGGGAGGGGCUUUUUCAAUGAGUCAGAUCCGUGGUGGGUGUCCACCAAAGCCUGUGAUCUUAAGUAAGACAGUGCCCUCGAAAGUUUGUCCCAGUCAAGAAAUUAUUCCCUCUGACAGCUCUGUGGAGCAGGGGAAGAGCCAUGAAGCAAAAAGUAAGAAGGAUAUAGAAACAUCAGAAAAAGUCCCUGUAAAAGAGUGUUUGGAAGAGUCUGAACAACAGGCAUCUGAAGAACUUAAAGCAUCAGAACAAGUUUGUGCUCCCCAAGUCAACACAGAUCAAUUGCCUCUUGCUAGUAAAGAAAAACCAAGCUCUAUUACCUCAGAAGGUGUCCAGGGAAAAGACUCUGGUACAGUUACCCUAGAAACUACCAGUAUAGCCUUACCGGUUCUCUUGCCUGUGGACAAAACUGCAUCUGCAAAAAUUUGUUCAACAAAUAUGUGCCAAGAUGCCGAGAAUGCCUCUCUAAGUGAGACCACUAAGCCUUCAAGUUCAAAGGGCCUUCUGCCAGCUUCUGACUUGUUCUGCACAUGUCCAGUACGACCAGAGCCUGGCCCACAGGUGCGUCUAAAAGAUCCACAGGCCCCAAAAGUGGUAGUGUUUCACUCGUCUCCGACAGACGAUGAGCGUCUCCGUGCCAAAGGACUUCAGUUAGCUAUCAACAAAGAGAACACAGAGAAGACACCUGAUGCAAGCUUGGUGAAGCCCAGCACCCUGCCUCCUACUAAGUACUCACCAGUUAUGCCCGUUAAAGCAGAAGAGAAAGAGAUGUCAGAGGCAAAGGCAGAGAACUCCCAGAGUAAAGCCCCUGUCGAACCACAGAAAACUCCUAAAAGUGUGCCUGUUCUGGUAGACCCAACACACGUCUUAAGUUGUGUGGAAAAGGGUGCGACUAUCCCAGGAGCUGAGUACAAGAAACAGGCCAAUAACAAAGCCAAAUCCCAGCGUAGUACUCCAUUCCUGAGUUUUAGGAACUUAAUUUCAGCCACUUUUCCAGCACGUUUGCGCAGAGAGACAGAUGAGCGUCGUGCACAGCUUCAAAAAGUCAGGCAGUACGAGCUAGAGUUCCUGGAGGAGCUUCUAAAACCUAAAACAUCACAAGGAGAGUUCAUUCCACAGGGAUCCUCUCCCGUUCCAUCAUUUACCCCUUGUGCCUGCCAACUGCGCACAAGUCCUGUACAGAAAGUUCCUGGGAUCUCAAGAGAACAGCGACGCAGCUGCGACUGUAAGAGAAUGUGCCGCGGAAUGCGUCUCCCAGAUACAGCG